AUGAGUGACCUAAAUUUACUAAUUAGAGAAAGUUAUUUUAAUGGAAUAUUAAAAAUUGACGGUCAGAUCAAACCCAUUUGGAUCCUUUUAGUCGAUGAAGGUCCAGAUGAAAAUCUGCACUAUAUGAAAAAUAUUCUUCAAUAUUGUAGAAUGUUCCACAUCUUCGAUCUUAACUAUCUUUCCAUUCAAACGCACACAUCCGGUCAGUCAGUGUUUAAUCUCAUAGAGUGUAGUAUGGCAAUACUCUCUCAAAAACUAGCCAGCAUAAUAUUGCCAAUUGACAAAUACGAUUUUCAUUUCAAUUCUCAAGGCCAGGUAGUAGAUUUGGAGCUUGCAAUGAAAAACUUUUGUUAUGCUAGUGAGGUUUUAUGUACUCUUUGA